AUGGUUCCGAUGUGUCCCUCGCGAGCCAAAGGACACAUGGUAAAAGGCAACACGACCUGCGAUAGUGCGAUAGACACGGCAAUGAUUGACACAUGCCGGCUAAGAGCGCAAGCAACGAGCAACGCGCGGAAGCGAUACCUCUGAGGACGAUGCAGCUGCCGCUCCCGGAUGGACCUGGCGUUGCUCCAGACUCGCUAGCACUGCUGCGCCUGUCCACCAGCUUCUUUCUCUUUGGUCUGCUCAACAACUCGCUCUACGUCGUCAUCCUGACUGCCGCCCUGGAACUGCUCCCCAAAGGCGUGCCGACGGGCGUGGUAGCUUUCGCCAACAUUUUCCCUGCUCUGAUUGCCAAGGUUCUUUGGCCAUACGUACUCAAGGGACGCGUCCGAUACACUAAACGAAUAUGGAGCUGCUCGGGUAUCAGCUUUGUUGGCAUGCUGAUGAUCGCAAUGUUCCCAAAAUUGACGAUCAGGCUCACUGGGAUUGCGCUCGCAAGCUUCUCUAGCGGCCUGGGAGAGCUGACGUACUUGCAGCUUGCAACGCGAUACAAGAGCUCAGCUGGCCAUGGUGUUGGCUGGUUCGCGUCUGGGACAGGGGCGGCGGGCCUUGUUGGCGCAUUGACUUGGUGGAUUGUUCGUCCACUCGGCGUUAGACUCGGAUUGAGCAUUCUGAGCAUCUUACCGUGGUUCAUGAUCGGAACAUACCUGCUCGUGUUGCCUUCCCCAGAGGCAAUAGGUGCAGGCCCUACGGGGGGAACUUAUGCUGCUGUGCCCACAGGUGUAGAAGGAGAAGAGGAAGACGCGGCUGUCGGCAUCGAAGGGCCAUUAAACGAGCAAGAGGAAGAUGAAUAUCCGGUACAGCUUGCGGAAAACGAAACCAUCACGUCACGCAAAACGGUCAAACUCGCUUUUGCAAACAAAAUGACCCUGCUGCGGCCAAUGCUGUUUACAUUCAUUCUGCCCCUAGUCAUGGUAUACUUUUUCGAGUACACAAUCAACCAAGGUGCACCAACGCUUCUGUAUCCGUUACCCAAAGGGGGCGAACAUCCCCUACUUUCGCUGAUCAUCAAAAAACUCAGCGACUACUAUCCACUCUACCAAUUGACGUAUCAGACGUUCGUCUUUCUGAGUCGUUCAUCGAUCUCCGUAUUCCGACUGCCUGCAAUACCCAAGUCAUGGCUAUGGGCACCUGCUUUUGUACAAGGCUUCCUUCUCGUGAUUUUGACCACAGAGAGCCUCUGCAGCUGGUUCCGAGCAAGUAUUGCAAGUCCCAUUAGCAUCGUGCUCGUAUGCGUUGAGGGGCUUGCUGGUGGUUACUCCUACGUCUCUGUUUUCUAUCAGAUCGGAACUACACCUUCUGCUGCAGAUAACUUGAAUGUGGAAGAAAGCGAAGACCCCGAAGAUGCUGUGGCGAGAGCAGCACAGGAGCACGAGUUCCGCAUCGGCUGCGUAGGCGUCGGAGAUUCCUUCGGUAUUUUGCUCGCCAGUCUCGUUGCCAUUCCACUAGAAUUACAGCUGUGCCACGCGCAACUCGCGCGGGGAAGGAUGUUGUGUCAACAAGUCGAAUAAGGCAAGCAAUUGAAUGGGUUUUUUAGUCUUUUCGAUUUUCUUUGUCUCCAUUCGGCUGAUGAGGUAUAUGUAAUAAGCUAGAAAGUAGGCUACAUGCAGACUGCACUUUACGCGCACGAUCCUGAGCAGCCCCCGCGGCAACCCCAGCAAGUGAGAGGUUGCGCACCGCCCUGCUUCAUGAGCAGAUUUGCAAUCGAGGCGCCUCCUUCGCCGAGCACGAAGCCAGAGGCGACGACAAUAAUCAUGAAGCCGGGUAGCGCAGUGUCUAAAGCACUAGGCUUCCGUGCAGAGGUGGUGGUUGAUUGCUGGCCGCGCCGCACGUGGUACGCAGCGAUGAGACCACCAAUGAGACGCGCAAUAGAGAAGUUGGGCGUGUUGAGAAU